AUGGUGGCGGGCGUUGUGUUCCAGCAACGGCACACGAGCGACUCGCAGGUGAACACGCGGCUGUCGAAGGUGCUGCGCGGCGGGCGGCUGGCGGAGGAGCGCUGGGCCGAGGUGCAGGUGGGCGACGUGAUCCGCAUGGAGAACGACCAGUUCGUGGCCGCGGACGUGUUGCUGCUCUCCACCUCCGAGCCCAACGGGCUCUGCUUCAUCGAGACCGCGGAGCUCGACGGAGAAACAAAUUUGAAAUGCCGUCAGUGCCUACCAGAAACUGCAGAAAUGGGACAGAAUGACUCCCUUCUUGGAACGUUUGAUGGAGAAAUAGCAUGUGAGACACCGAACAAUCUUCUUAACAAAUUUGAAGGAGCAUUAGCGUGGAAGCAGAAAAGGUUUCCAUUGGACAAUGAUAAAAUUUUAUUGCGGGGUUGCAUCUUGCGCAAUACACAGUGGUGCUAUGGUGUUGUUAUAUUUGCUGGAAAGGACACCAAGCUCAUGCAGAAUUCUGGAAAAACUAAGUUCAAACGCACAAGCAUUGAUAGGUUGCUGAAUUUCAUAAUUAUAGGGAUUGUAUUUUUUCUACUGUCCAUGUGCCUGUUUUGUAUGAUUGCUUGCGGCAUUUGGGAGACCCUGACAGGCCAAUAUUUCCAAGUGUACCUCCCAUGGGACAAGUUAGUUCCUAGUGAGCCACUAGGUGGGGCAACUGUCAUAGCACUUUUAGUCUUCUUUUCUUAUGCCAUUGUUCUUAAUACCGUGGUGCCUAUAUCUCUGUAUGUGAGUGUGGAAGUGAUUCGAUUUGCUCAGAGUUUUCUCAUCAAUUGGGAUGAAAAGAUGUAUUAUGAGAAAACUGGUACAGCUGCAAAAGCACGGACAACAACCUUAAAUGAAGAGCUUGGGCAAAUUGAAUAUGUAUUCUCGGAUAAAACUGGGACAUUAACUCAGAAUAUAAUGACCUUCAACAAGUGUUCCAUUGCGGGAAAAGUCUAUGGAGAUAUCAUAGAUGAAACUACAAAUGAAAUUUUGGAGGUCACUGAGAAUACUCCUACAGUAGACUUCUCAGGAAAUCCAAACUAUGAACCAGAUUUUAAGUUUUAUGAUGGAACUCUGUUGGAUGCUGUGAGGCAAAACAACACAGAUGUUCACAAUUUUUUUCGUUUAUUAGCCUUGUGCCACACAGUAAUGCCUGAGGAAAGGAACAAUAAACUUGAAUAUCAAGCACAGUCCCCAGAUGAAUCUGCUUUGGUGUCUGCGGCACGGAACUUUGGAUUUGUGUUCAAAGAAAGAAGCCCUAACAGCAUAACAAUAGAGGUAAAUGGUCAAAAAGAGAUGUAUGAACUUUUGUGCAUUUUGGACUUCAAUAAUGUGAGAAAAAGAAUGUCCGUGAUUCUGAGAAGAAAAGGUCAGUUACGUCUUUACUGCAAAGGAGCUGACAAUGUUAUUUAUGAGAGAUUAAAAGAAGAUAGAGGUGAUAUGAAAAGUAAAACUCAGGAACAUUUGAAUAAGUUUGCAGGUGAAGGCCUGCGUACACUGUGCCUUGCAGUUCGCGAUUUGGAUGAAGUGUUUUUUAACAAUUGGAAGCAUCGGCAUCAAGAAGCUGCUCUGUCCCUCCAAAACCGUGAUGAAAAGCUUGAUGCAAUAUAUGAAGAAAUAGAAAGAGAUAUGACUCUACUAGGAGCUACAGCAAUAGAAGAUAAAUUGCAAGAUGGAGUACCUCAAACAAUAGCAAACCUUGCUCUAGCAGGAAUUAAAAUAUGGGUGUUGACUGGAGACAAACAAGUGAAUCUGAGUACCAACGUGGUCAGAGCAUCGACGAUUCAGAAAAUGGAAGUUCAUUUGCUCUUGUGAUUAAUGGACAUUCUUUGGUGCAUGCUUUGCACCCUCAGCUGGAGAAGUUGUUUUUAGAUGUUGCAAGUCAGUGUAAAUCCGUCAUCUGUUGCCGAGUGACUCCUCUUCAAAAGGCAAUGGUAGUUGAAUUAAUAAAGAAAAAUAAGAAAGCGAGAACAUUAGCAAUUGGUGAUGGAGCUAAUGAUGUAUCAAUGAUCAAAGCUGCGCACAUCGGAGUCGGAGUGAGUGGCCAGGAGGGGAUGCAGGCUGUCUUGGCCUCAGACUACUCAAUAGCCCAGUUUCGCUUUCUGGAACGACUCCUCCUUGUACAUGGUCGUUGGUCAUAUUAUCGCAUGUGCAAGUUCCUCAGAUACUUCUUUUAUAAAAAUUUUGCUUUUACUCUUUGCCAUUUUUGGUUUGCCUUCUUUUGUGGAUUUAGUGCUCAGACUGUGUUUGAUCCCUUUUUCAUCUCUGUUUACAAUUUGUUCUACACGUCAUGCCCUGUCUUAGCGCUGGGUAUAUUUGACCAAGAUGUAAAUGAUCGUUAUAGUAUUAUGUAUCCAAGAUUGUAUUCUCCUGGUCAUUUUGACCUGCUUUUCAACAAAAAGGAAUUUCUGAGGAGUGCUCUGCAUGGAUUUUUCACAUCCUGUGUAUUAUUUCUCAUUCCAUAUGGCACUUAUAAAGAUGGAGUGUCUCCCAAAGGCCAUGUUCUCUCAGACCACAUGCUGCUUGGAAGUGUGGUAGCAACUAUUUUAGUAAUAGUUGUGACUGCUCAGAUCGCCAUGGACACCUCCUAUUGGACUAUGUUCAACCAUGUGACAGUAUGGGGCUCAUUGACUUUUUACUUUGCCCUUCAGUUCUUUUACAAUUUUGUUAUUCAUGGUGCUUAUGUGGGUUCACUAAGUAAGGCAAUGAGUGAAGCCACCUUCUGGUUUACGACAGUGCUCACGGUCACAGUGCUAAUGAUCCCGGUGCUGGCUUGGCGGUUUUAUUUUGUUGAUGUGAAACCGACUCUGUCUGAUCGUGUGAGACUGAAGCAAAGGCUGGCCCAACUCAGAUCCAGGCAGUCGCAAGAUGUUUUACGAACUCCAUCAGCGCGGCGCACACGUCGUUCUAUCAGAUCUGGUUAUGCAUUUGCACAUCAAGAGGGAUUCGGUCGCCUUAUUACAUCAGGAAAAAUUAUGCGAAAACUCCCACGUUCAAAUGGAGGAGACUUUUUCUUCCCUUCGUUUAGCAACCAUGGUGGUCCUUCGAAUCUCGGUGGUGUUCCGACUCACAUGGAAUGAUCGGAUGUAGUUACUUACUUGCUUGCAGGAACAAGUUUCAAAACGAGUGAAUAUGUGUGGAACUGCCUAGUAUACAGUUAUUUAAACGGAGUGGAUUACUGUUGAGAAAUAAGUCUACUAAAACUGGCCUUUCAUCUAUGUUUCCUUUUUUGAUUUGUUUUAUUUAUACUCGUUUCUAUAAGAGCUAAUUUGAAAAGUAUCUCCUGUAAGAUAAAAGAAAAUACAAUGGUGCAAAACAAUUGAAAAUAACUGUGCAACACUAUUACUUGUAUUUUGUGUUGAUGGAUGAUUAUUUGUAAGUGCAUAUCAUGUAGUGAGAAAAGAGCAUGUGUGUAUGCAAAAAUAUACCAAAUAAUUUUUGCAAGUUUCGUUGUCAAUGAGAAAAUAUUUUUCUGUAUCAAUUGCAGAAGGAUUGUCCUUUUGUAUUUUAAAUGAAUGUCUGCAGUAUAUAAUAUUUAGAAAGCCAAUUUCUUUUUCAUAUUUUAAAUGUCUGAAACUUGCAAAUUGCUUUCUGUAUUUCCUGUAGUCAUUUUUAUUGAUAAUUCAAUUUUUAGUGGCCUUCGUGGAAUUGGUGUUGCAUUUACUGUGUUGGAAUGUGGCAAGUGAUUUCUCUCUAAACAGGAAAAAGGCUUUAUCCAGUUUCUGCCUGCCGCCGCCCUGGAAAUUAAGACUGUAUAGUACAGUAGUAGUUCCUAACUCUCAAUGUUAAUGUAAUACAGGAAGUAGUCAAAUAAAAAUGUAAGGUCACAAUAUUUUUUUAUCUCUUGCAUAUUUAACUUGAGUAACCAGUAUUAGCAAAAAAUAAUGUACAAAUGUGUAAGAAACGUGCAAUGAAAUAUUUGCUAUGGCAAAGAAUACAUUUUUUACUAAGAUUUCAGAAGAAAAAAGAAAAAAAGAAUUGUUAAAGAUCUGGGGCACAAAAAGCUAUGCAAGUAAUUGCAAUGGGUUUGUGGAAAAUUAGUGUUGCAUAUAUUACAAAUAUUAACUUUGUUCUGUAUUUUGCCAAGAAUUUGAAAAAGAUUGGUGACAGUGUUUCCAACACUUGUUUUGUGCUCAUAAAUGCAUUAGAAAUAAAAGAAUUCCAUUACAUGAUACUUAGUAUAAAAUGUUUAGAAAAUUUGAAGAUGAAGUUUAUGAGAAAUUAAGUAUUCUUUCACAAUUCAUUUGUACUCCCAAGAAAUGAUUUGUAUGUUGAUAAGUGUUAUUGUUAUAGUGAUAAAUUGAUCAAUUGACAAUCUUUCUAUCUAAACAAAGAACGACUUUCUUCUUUUGAGUGAUUAAUAUGGAUGAUGUGACUAAUAUCAUCUGACAUGAUAUUUUUAUAGGCUAGAGAUGGAACUGUGUACUACCAUUAAUAGUCUAAUGUAUACUGUAAAAUGCUUUAUAUUUUUCAACUGAUUUUAAAUAAUAAUAAUAAUAAUAAAAUAAAUGUUGAGUCAAAGAAAAAUUUAUAAUAUUGAAGAUGGAUGAUUAGAUCUUUCAUAUUAUUUCAAAAAAUGUAGAGAAAUGAACUUCUCUGUGUGGUGAGGUAUUCAUUGCAGAAUAAUGUUGUGAGAAAAAAGUGUGUCGAAACGAAUAAUGCUCUGAAAAUAUUUUAAUGAUGAUUUUGAGAAAGGUAUGUACUCAUCUAUAUAGUUUUAUAUUUGUUCUGUUGACAGUAUUUCGUCUUAAAAAAACAUUAAAUUGCUAUUGUCUUGAUAAUAUUAAAAUAAACUCAAAUUUUCUCUCUGCCACAAUUAAGUUUGACAUGUAAUUUGAAGCGAUGCGAAUUUGUAUACAAAAUUUUGUGAUAUAUUGUACAGUAAAUGGAACAAUUGUGUAUGCUACCACAAUAUGAAAAUGGUUCUCAAAUUAAUUCCCUUAAGAUCAUUUAUGCAUUAAUCAAGUGUAAAUUCCUGUACUUAGUUUUGGUUAAUAUACUCGGACACUUUCAUUUUGUACUGGAACCUUUUUAAGAGUAAUUAUUUGGUGUUAGUGCUUCUUCUCUGCUGUCCAUUUUUUCACAGGAUGGAAUUCUGUGAACUUGCCCUUUGGCUCCCAAAUGUGUGGAUUUGCUUAAUUAAAGUAUUUUUAAGAGUUGAAUAAUCUAUACAAAAAUCUUUUUUGACAAUGCAUUCAAAUAUAACUUAACAUCUCAGUGUUAUUAAUAUGGCAUACUGAAGGUAUUAUUCUAGAAUAUAAUUUUGAUGAUUGGGAAUCCAUUUUAUUGUGACUGUUCUGUUUUGAAACCUAAGAACUACAUUUUUUCUUCUGCUGUGUAUCUAUUGAACAUCAGAUGCAUCAUAUGAACUAAAUCAAGAAUCUGCUAGAAAUUAAAACCACUUUUUCAAAAUCUGCAUGGAAGUCUUGUUCACAUUAUUUCCAUCUUUGAUUUAUUCAGUGACAUGCAGAGAAAGGAUGAGGAUCCAAAUUCCUUGUCUUAUUGAGGAUACUUUACAAAUUCUAUAAUUAUGUAUUUGAUAAAAACAUUUCACCAACUUAAUUGCAAAACCUCCUGGUCUAUUAUAUUAAUUAGCAAAAAAAUUUUGGAGCAAUAGUAAAUAAUUAAGUUACUGGUUUAUUGUUUCUGAGAAAAUUUUUGGAGUAAAGUUUUUGCUUUUUUAUUUGCCCUUUCUUAGUUUGAAAAGUUACUGUACUUUUUGAUUUGGCAGUUUUAAUUUUUCUGCUCAGAAAGCAUUAAUGAAGAAAGGAAUUUCCUCUGGAGUUAUGUGCAUACCAUUAAGUCUCAUAGGUUGGAUCUGGAUGCGAGGUCUGUUUCUGGGACCAUCAAAGUUUUCAUAACACGUUGGUAAGGGUGUCUCUAAAGUUGGGUGGUUAUUGUAGAGAACUUGGAUACAAGAAACAUUAUGUUUCAACUUUUAUUUUAAAAUAAUUUGAUUUUUAUCCUGUUGCUUAUUCAUUGGUCAAUUAUGAGGAUGUAAUGAAGAAAUAUUCUUUAACAGAUGUCUUAAGUGCCUGGUGUGAAUUUUCUUAUAUCACCAAAUUACUUUUGAUAUCAUCAUCAUCAAAGCUGAGUGUCUUAAUAUACUAUUAAACUAAUAAAUCCUUGAAUAAGUUAUACUCAAUAAUGAAAACUCGUACAGUUGAAAAUUAAGUUUGUUUCCUUUCUUUUUUCUUUCUUCCUUUUUAUUAUUUGUAUGUAUGCAGUGCAUAUUGUGAUUGUACUUGGGGUAAUGACAAAAGCUGCUGCAAAUUUGAGGCUUAUGUGUUUUGCAUUUGCAAGUACCCCAUUUAAUUUAAGUGUUUAGGAAAUUUGAAGAUCUUUUGCUUUUAUAAUUGAUAGUGGUUAAAAUGUGUAAUAAUUGCUGUAUGUAGUAUGAUGCUGAUAGAUAUUUUUAUGUAGUAGUGUUUCCAGAAAUUACUAGCAGCAGAAAUUAUAUGAUUGCGGAACAUAGAAAAUGUGAUUUCUAGAAAAAUGAUUACGAAUUGCAUUCUUUUAUUAUUGUGAUUUUAUGUUGCAUUGUUAUUUAAAUUUUAUUUUCUUGAUGGAAAUUUCUCAGGAAUUCGAGAGUUAUAAAAUUAUUUCUGCUUUUUGUCUUAAUGAAACUGGAACUCUAAUAAUUGUUGUUGCUCUUGUUUUUGUUUCAAAUAUCACAUAUAGUUAUGGUUUUAUUAUGCUUAUAUAACAAAAAGAGGUAACAUUCUUGAAUGUGACCUUUAAAAUAAGUGUAAUGUACUUAGUUUUGUCUGCCUUGUAGAAUUAUUGAGCAAUAUAAGAUCAUGCAAAUCAGUUGUUCAGCGAAGGAGGUUUUUGAUGAAUAUUGGCACUUACAGUAAGAGGAAAAAUAUAAGUAUUUGUAUCUAGUUCUUGUAUUGAAGUUUCAUACUAAUUUUUACGUUGCCAGUAAAAAUCUGUGAUAACAUUUUUGUAUCCUGUUGUGUUCAAAUUUCAUUUUAAAGACCAUUCAAAGAUAUUCUAUUCCUUUAUAGAUUUCCCAUUUCAUAUUGCAAGCAGUUUUCACAAAUGUAAUGCAAAUUUAGAGUUAAUUUUGCAGUAAAAUCGACUGUUAUCAAAAGGACAUAAAACACAUGCAUAACUUGUAACAAGCAGUGAAAUCUUAAUUGUGCAGUACACAAAACAGGAUCCAAAAGUAUUUCUUUUACAUCUCCAAAUUGAAAUAUGUUACAGAAGCAUGUUUGUUACACAUUUUCAUUAAGUGCAAUGAAAAUAUAUAUAUUUUUUUUAUAACGUGGAACACCUUAUGCAGAUUGAUACCAAAAAAGGUGAUUUUUAAAAAGAAUACAUUUGGACAAUUUCUUCACCUGAUGAGUUUGCUACUUCACUGGAGCUUCACUCUUUUUUUAAGUGAAAUGUGCAAACUCAUUACAUUCUUUGUGAAUACAUAUCUGUGAAAAACACAAAAUUUAACAGUCGCUAUUGAAAAUUAAAUGAAAAAUUCUUUAGUAGUCAAGAAUCAACCGGAAAUGUCUUCAGGAAACAUUUCAGUGAUUACAUUGCUUCACAAAUUGGCAACUUUUAUUUAGGAAACCUGUUUUUAACUUUUGAAAAAUAAGAAACGAGUGUGAUAUGUUCAUCUCUGUACACUCUUGUUGUCAAUGAAAGUGAAAAUUUUCUCACCUCAAAAGAAUAUGCAAGGGAAAGGUUAUUAAUUAGUAACUCUGAAAAGCAUUACUGACAGUUUUUCCCUACACACCGCUUGCCCCAUUGAAAAACAUGAAACAAGUCUUAAAAUUAAACUUACAUCUAUAUACUUAGUUUGUUUUGAACAAAAAUGUAAGUGAAUAUAGAUUUGGAUAUUUUUUGUUUUAAUUCAUUCAAUUUUUGUGGGUUUUUUCAUUUCGUUUUUUAAUUAUUUUUUUUUUAUUAUUAUUAUUUAAUUUAUCAAAAGAAAACAGUUUAAUUCUUCAAUGUGCAAGACAAAUUCAAAAAAACAAUAUUUAACUUCAGUUAUAACGUAAUUCUUUAUUGUAGCCUUUUAUGUAAAUUUUUUCUUAUUUUAUUAUCAUAUAUAUAUUGGUUAAUCUUUAGUACAGA